AUUACCCAGAUAUAUGAUUACAACACAGAGGAUCGGCUCGUCGACUUGUAAGCUGGCGAUCAGCUCGGCUCCAGACUACUUUUAGUCGACGAGACGAUUGACUGAACAACAUCGGCUCGCCGACCUGACACAACGGCCCGAUAAGUCGGCCCAAUUACUCGAGGAGGCCCAUCGAGACAAGACACAUUAGGUCAACAAAUGCUCACCUAUAAAAGGAGGAGACAAGGCAACAAGGAGGGGAUCCGCAAAUUACUACACUCACUUUCGGCUAGAAUUAGGGUUUUACAUCUUACAUCUCGCCGACUUGUACGGUCCGACGAACUUGUCUUCGCCGGACUUUUUCCUCUGUUCUCUCCCCUUUUGUAACUCGGUUUCGACUCACUGAUCUAAUAAAACACGUCUUUGUCUUGACCCACCGACGAGAACUCGUCUCUUCUCUUUACUGGUUUAUUGACAGUCUCAGUUUAAACAGUUGGCGCCCACCGUGGGGCAGACAGAGUAGCGUCAGCAAAAGAUCAUGACUCGACCCGACUCGCCGUCCGACGACGAGUCGCCUGUGACCGAAGGCGCUCCAACAGCAGCGGCCUUCGCAGAAACCAUACUCGAGAGGAUGGCGCAGCAAGACGCCGCCCAAAAGGCGACGACCGAGCAACUCGCCGCCAUCGCCGCCAUUCUAGCUCCGUUGGCCGGAGGCUCGGGAGAUCCGGCUACAACGGUCCGAAAGCAACUGUUCGACACUUACCGAACAGCCAGUGCCGGAAACCCCGCAAGUACGAGUGCCGUAUAGGUCCAAACUCCCGGCGGCGUCGACCUCGUUACCGUCCGGGAACUCGCUGAGCUUAAGCAAUCAGUCCUGGACAUGAAAGACCGGAUGCUCGAAGGACCUACGUCAGCGCCGCUGAUCGAACGUGUCCUCGCUGAAACCCUAAAAACCCCAUUUUCCCGGAAGAUCACCGACGUACGUUACCGGCCGACCGAGAAAAUUCGCCUUCCGACUUACCACGGAAAGGCGGACCCAACCGACCACAUCACUGCUUUCAACAUCACGAUGGGUCGAACCAACUUCUCUGAGGAAGAAAGAGACGCCGGCUACUGUCGUCUCUUCGUGGAAAGUCUUCAAGGACCAGCUCUCGGAUGGUUCACUGGAUUGGAGCGCGACUCCAUCAACGAUUUCCACGAUCUGACGACUGCUUUCCUCAAACACUACAUCAUGUUUACAAGACAAGGAGCAACUCUGUCCGAUUUAUGGAAUCUGUCUCAAGGAUCGAGCCAAAGCCUCCGAGACUUCAUGGAAAAAUUCAAAGCAGUCGCUUCGAAAGUCCAAGUCCCCGACAGCGUUUCCGUCGACGCACUGAUGAACACUCUCUACUUCAAGUCCUUGUUUCGCGAGGACCUGUACAGAAAUCCAACCACGUCGCUCCAGGACGCAAUCGCCAGGUCGAACAACUUCAUCCGAAUGGAAGAAGAUACAGCAGCGAUACUUAAGAAACUGAACACGGCAACCAAACCGGCAACUGUCCCCAAAGCUCCCGAGGCACGCCAGGAACCCCGUCAGCACGCCUCAGGCAGUAAACCUAACCAGCCGAAAAGUUUCGUUUACGUGGUCGAAGACAAAAACGCGUCCCCACAGCCCACUGUCGUUGUACGCGAAAAAGGUUGGAAUGUUUGGGAAAACGACGAAAAGCCGCAAACCUCUUCGACACCUCCGGUGUCGAGUCCUGGACCUGCAGAGCCAAACAUGUGGUGUAGCUUCCACAAGUCUAAAGCGCACGAUACGAAAAACUGCAGGCAUUUGUUAGACGCUCUCUUCUCGUCGUACGAAAAGAGAACGUCGAACGUCGAACUCCCCAAGCCUAGGCCAAACGGCGCCAAGAGCUGGAGCAAAAACAAAGAAAAGAAAACUCACAAGAGUCAGGAUAAGUCUGGAACUCGGCCGAGGCAUACUGAGGAUUACAAGCCAGAAGAGCACGGCGAAGAUGACGGCGAUACACAAGUCGACGAGGAGCAACCACGUAAUCGUCGACAUGUACAAGUUAUCCUCGCGCGACCCAGUUCGUCCUCAGAUGAAGAAGAGGAUAAACAAGUCCAUGACUCACGCGAGUAUUCAAGCAAACGAACUAACGAGAGCAUAGGAUCAGAAGGGUCAAACGACUUAAGGAACAAGCUCAGGCGAAAGUCGCAGACAUCUGAUCGUACAUACGACUCACACGGAGAUCUCCGCACAACCAUCGAAAAAUCCAGGGCUAGGAAAAUCGAGGACUCGAGUGUUCGACCCCGUCUCAGACCACGAGUCAUCGAUCUUCGUGAAAAGCUCAACUCAAAGUCGGAAGACCUCAGGAUCAAGCUCAACUCAAAGACGGAAGACCUCAGGAUCAAGCUCAACCGACCAAAACAUUCAGACUUACGAAGAAGAAUCGAGGAGGUGAGGCCCAAGAAUAAGGACUCACCCGUUGUCGAGGACUCACCCAACGUCAAAAAUUCGCCCGUCGUCGAAGACUCGCCUAGCGACUUGAGGACUCGACUGAGAAAUAAACGAGUCGUCGAGCCUAACUUCCUAAACGUAAUUAUGGGUGGUUUACCUCCGUGCGGCGACUCUGUCCGGUCAGUAAAGGACCAUCGACGACAGGCAGUAACCUCGAAGAAAUGGCCAUCGAAAUCUGAGAAUGAUUCCUCAAUCACUUUCUCACCAAACGAUGCCAUCGGCGUCCAUUUACCUCACAACGACCCACUGCUAGUCGAGGUAGGAAUAGCGAAGUGUGACGUUGCUAAAGUAUUGAUCGAUACAGGCAGUUCAGUCGACUUAAUCUUUCGAGAUACGCUCGAUAAGAUGGGAGUCGACCUGCGCGACAUGAAACCAUCAUCUCGCUCCCUCACAGGAUUCAACGGUGCUUCUGAGACAAUGAUUGGUACGAUCAAACUCCCCGUCUACGCUUGCGGAGUGAUACACACAGUUAAAUUCUCAGUCAUCCGAACGAAAGCUCCUUGCAACGCGAUCCUCGGAACCCCCUGGUUACAUUCUGUUAAGGCAGUAUCCUCGACAUAUCAUCAAUGCGUGAAAUUUCCUGGACCAAACGGAGAAGUGCAGAUGCUUCGCGGAGAUCAGCAAGCCGCUCGAGAACUACUCAUCGCAACGGUGAAGAUGCAACAAUCAACUCCUCGCAUCAACGCGAUAGCGAAGCAAAUUCAACCGCAGAAAGAUGAGAUUUUAGAAGUCACCAUCGACGACUCUGAUAAGAGCAAAGUAGUCCGAGUCGGAGCGUUCCUCAACGAUGAGAUGCAACGCGCAAUCAUCGAUUUCCUCAAGGAGAACGUCUCAACGUUUGCUUGGGCAACAUCGGAUAUGAAAGGAAUAAACCCCGCCAUCACGACCCACGAGUUGAAUGUCGAUCCAACUAUCAAACCCAUUCGCCAGAAGAGACGAAAGCUCGGUCACGACCGAAGCAAAGCUGUCAACGAAGAAGUGGAGCGACUCCUCGCAGCUGGCUCAAUCACCGAGGUGAGAUACCCCGAGUGGCUAGCUAACCCGGUCGUCGUAAAGAAGAAGAACGGAAAGUGGCGCAUUUGCGUCGAUUUUACCGAUUUGAACAGAGCUUGCCCAAAAGACAGUUACCCGCUUCCGCAUAUCGACAGACUCGUCGAGUCGACUGCCGGGAAUGAACUCCUGACUUUCAUGGACGCAUUUUCUGGUUAUAAUCAGAUCAUGAUGCAUCCAGACGAUCAAGAGAAGACAGCGUUCAUCACCGAUAGAGGGAAGUACUGUUACAAAGUAAUGCCGUUCGGUCUCAAGAACGCGGGUGCAACUUAUCAAAGACUCGUCAAUCGAAUGUUCGCUGACAAAUUAGGGAACACGAUGGAAGUCUACAUCGACGACAUGCUGGUAAAAUCACUCCGCGCAACGGACCAUCUGGAUCAUCUUAAAGAAUGCUUCAAGACUUUGAACGAAUACGGUAUGAAGCUCAACCCAGCCAAGUGUACCUUCGGCGUCACUUCAGGAGAGUUUUUAGGGUACAUCGUCACCCAGCGAGGAAUUGAGGCAAAUCCUAAACAGAUCUCUGCCAUACUUGAUCUUCCCAGCCCAAAAACCAGCAGAGAAGUCCAGCGACUCACAGGAAGGAUCGCGGCCCUGAAUCGUUUCAUUUCCAGAUCUACGGACAAAUGCCUUCCUUUCUACGAGUUGUUGCGAGGAAACAAACGCUUCAUCUGGGACGAGAAAUGCGAAGAGGCGUUCAAACAACUCAACGAGUAUCUUACAACUCCUCCCGUAUUGUCCAAGCCCGAAACUGGCGACACACUCUCACUCUAUAUCGCCGUAUCCUCAACCGCGGUCAGCAGCGUCCUCAUCCGAGAGGAUCGAGGAGAACAGAAGCCUAUCUUCUACACGAGCAAGCGCAUAACUGAUCCAGAGACUCGAUAUCCCACCCUUGAGAAGAUGGCUCUUGCCGUUGUAACAUCGGCGAGAAAACUGUGUCCCAACUUUCAGUCGCACACAAUCGAAGUGUUGACAAAUCAACCAUUGCGAACCGUAAUGCAGAAUACAAAUCAAUCCGGACGGUUAUCGAAGUGGGCUAUCGAACUCAGCGAGCACGACAUUGUCUUCAAGAAUCGAACAGCUGCAAAAUCUCAAGUCCUCGCAGACUUUCUCAUUGAGCUCGCACCAGAGCUCGAGCAAGAUCUAAUCCUCCCGAGUCAAAAUUGGAUACUCCACGUCGACGGGUCGUCGACAAACAAAGGAUCAGGAGCAGGAGUACCUGCAAUCUCCGACAGGAGAACUGAUCAGACAGUCGUUCAGCUUCGGCUUCGCCGCUUCAAACAACGAAGCAGAGUAUGAGUCGUUGAUCGCAGGACUACGACUAGCCAAGGCAGUCAAGGCAAAACGCCU